UUGAAGACGUGUCGAAAGUCCACGUCGCUCUCCACAAUACGCCGCGUUAUUGCGCUAAUACGUAAAAACAAUUUCGAUUCACCCGUAAUAAGAACUUGUGACUGUUUUUUCUAUUUAUUUUGUUGUAUAUUUUUAAAUUUGAUGAAUUAUUUUUUUUUAUGAUAUAGAAGAUGUAAGAGUUUUGAAAGUGUCGACGCUAAAGUAACAGUGUUAAAGUGUUUGAGUGCGAAAGUCGACAUAAAUUAAAUCAAUUAGUGGAAAAGGAUGUACGAGCUUGUGAUCUGUGUCUGUUUGUUAAACGAUAACUAAAAGUGACUCUAAAUAGAGUUUUGAUACUCGGAAAAUAAAUAUCCAAUGAUUCACAUCUAUUCAAUAGCGAUAUGAUAAUGUAAAUGUCGGAAAAUGUACAAAUGAUAGGAACAAAGUGUGAGUGCAGUGCGCGGGACUGUGAGUGAGGUGAAAUGAACAGUUGAGGUGCGUGGGGCGCGAUGGGGCCGCGUCAUAUGGGGCCGCGUGGUUUGGGGCUGCGCGCGAGGUCUACGCGGCUAUGGGCCUGGCUGGCCGUGCUCGCUGCGCUGGGCCGCACCACCGCUUAUACUGACACCGAGGAAUUCCUCAGCGAUUUGGAUAAGCCAGUGCCGACGUCGGACGUGCAGGGAGUGCUGGGCAAGAAGGCGUCACUUCCGUGCGACAUUCAGCCGCUGCACGCUGACGACGCCGUCGUCAUGGUGCUCUGGUUCAAGGAGUCCGACGGGGAACCACUUUACAGUUACGACAUCCGUGGUCGUUCGUACACGCAGCCGAAGCUGUGGUCAUCGCCCACGGUGUUCGGCAACCGCGCCUUCUUCCGCGGUGGUGCCACGCCUGCUGUCCUCAUGAUCGACAAUGUAGCUGCCGUCGAUGCUGGCGUCUACAGGUGUCGAGUUGACUUUAAGAAUUCACCUACCAGAAAUCUUAAAGUAAACUUUAGUGUUAUAAUCCCGCCGAGCAGGCCGACGAUUUACGACGCGAAGCGCAGAGACAGGACCAAACUAGUAGAGCCUUACAACGAAGGAUCUAAUGUUUUACUCAUUUGCGAAGUGGAAGGAGGUGUACCAAGACCGAGGGUGACGUGGUACUUGGAGAACGUGGUGAUAGACGACUCGUACGAGCAGCGCUCCGACGGCAUCACUAUAAACACUCUGACAUUCCCCAACGUGGGUAGACAGCAUCUUAACGCGAGGCUCGUCUGUCAAGCUUCCAAUACUAAUCUAGCGCCGCCUGAAACCAAAGUACUGAUCUUAGAUAUAAAUUUAAAACCGAUUACGGUAACGAUAUUAACGAAAGAAAAGCAAGUGUCCGCGGACAAGAGGUACGAGGUGGAGUGCAAGACGACCGGCUCGCGGCCCGAGGCGACUGUCACGUGGUGGAAAAACAAUAGACAACUCAAGCGAAUGGCGAAAAACUUCUCUGAGAACAACGAAACGCUGAGUGUGCUGAGCCUGGUGCCGGCUGUAGAAGACGACGGACGUCAGCUGACCUGCCGCGCGGAGAACAAGCAUAUACCUGACUCCGCUAUUGAGGACAAAUGGAGACUCAAUGUACACUAUGUGCCUAUCGUUGAUCUCAAGAUGGGAUCCAAUUUGAACCCUAACGAGAUAAAGGAAGGGGACGACGUUUACUUCGAAUGCACGGUGAAAGCGAAUCCCAAGACACACCGAUUGGUUUGGUUUCAUGAUAACUCCGAGAUCUUCCACAAUGAGGCGUUGGGUGUGAUUCUGAGCGCACAGAGCCUGGUGUUGCAGAGCGUGACGCGGCGCGCAGCCGGCGACUACGCCUGUAUGGCCGCCAAUAGCGAGGGCAAGGGCACCAGCAACCCCGUCACGUUGCAAAUACGAUAUGCCCCCGUGUGUGCGGAGAGGAAAGAUAACGAGCUAUACGGAGCAUUGAAGCACGAGACAGUCUCGCUGCACUGCGCUGUCGACGCCAACCCAGCGCUGGUCUCCUUUCAUUGGACAUUCAACAACUCAGGGGAACAGACUGACUUACCGCCCAGAUUAUACAACAGCCACGGUAACAUUUCGACACUCAACUACACGCCGACCAGUGAUAUGGAGUAUGGAACGCUGGCUUGCUAUGGCGAGAAUUCUGUAGGCCAGCAGAAGGUGCCCUGUCUCUUCCAGCUUGUCAUUGCUGGUCGGCCGCUUCAACUGCAGAACUGCUCUGUGGCGAACCAGAGCGUAGACGCGCUGUAUGUAGAGUGCGUGGAAAGCUUCGACGGUGGCCUGCCGCAGACCUUCCUGCUGGAGCUGUUGGAACUGCCUUCCCUUAAGGUGCGCUACAACGUAUCGACGAGCCGCAGUCCGCCAUCAUGGGAGGUGCGUGGUCUGCCUGCGGGCGCGCGCUACCGGCUCGACCUGUACGCUGUCAACGCCAAGGGCCGCAGUGACGUCACCACUAUCGAGACCGUCACGCUCCGGGGUCAGGCCAAGUACACUGGCGAGAGCAGCGCGCUUGGCAUGUCUCCGGUACUCGCGUCGGUGGCGGCGAUGUCGGCGUUGCUGGCCAGCGCGGUCUGCGGCGCCCUCGCAGUGCUGUACCGCAGACACGCCGCGCGCCACCGGCACCUGCCCGCCAAGCACGCGCCCUUGAGCGAGGCAAUGUACGGUGAGCGCGCGGGGCAGUGUCCAACGCCGGUGAAGGCGGAGCCGGCGCUGGCCAGCCCGGGUGAGGCGCGCGGUCCGCUGCUGCGCUCGCCGGACUCCAGGGAGGCGGACGACGCCGACCCUGACAUCAUACCUAGUCUUUAUGAGCGGAGGCCGGUCUCUAACGGCUACAUGAGUCUGCAGCGGCCGCCGACCGCCAGCAAACCAAGCAAGCCGGGCGAGGAUCCCGAGCCCGACGCGGCCGGCUUCUAUGCCGAUCUUAGGAAAAAAGAUUAUAAGAUACCUCUAACUAGUUCGUACCAUAGCUUAGGGCGCGCGCACAAGGGUGGUGUGGCGUGCGGUGCGGGCGCGGGCGCGACGGUGACGUCAUCGCUCACCGCGCACCGGUUACGUCCCGAGGUCGUGACGACGUCGCACCGCGUGCAGGAGAGCUGUAUAUAAAACAACACAUUGGAGGCACUGCAAGACAUUUUGAUACCUCUUUACAAUUGUCUUCUCUUCAUUGGAAAUGCGAAUUUGCGAGUUGACAGUGUACAAUAUAAAUUUAGUUUCUCACUUUUAGUGAAUUCUUUAUUAGCAUAUUGUUGUAUAAAUCAUAUUGCUUUGCAAUGUUUUCAUUCAUUCAGUUUUUAUUAUUACAUUUUUAAUAGAAUUCUAAAGUUCUUGGAAGUUUCUUAUUCCUUCACAUUUCUCUUGAAUAAUUCUUAUAUAUCACGUCUUGUCUUAACAACUUUGUCAUGACUUGUGCUCAAUACAUACAUACAUUGGACAAUAUGUUGUACAUUUAUUAACUUUUAUAUAUAACAUAAAAUCAAUAUUGUCCUUGAACACAAAAAUGGUUUUGUCUGAGUAUAAUUGAGCAAGCUAUAGUCUCCGAAUCAUCGUCGUUUUGACACAGUGAUUUUAUAUUAUAUUAAUUUAUAUUAAAACUGAGAUAAAGUAAAUGAAAUAGUAAUAAUAAUAAUGAGAAACUGGCGUGUUUUUAUCAAGUUACUUUUUGACAAUUUUACUGCAGACUUUGUUUUCUUUUAAUAAAUUCGCAUUUAUAUUUUAGUAGUGUAAGUAUACGACAAUACAUUCAAAAUAAUGUCCUUACAGUGCUUCCAACAAGUAAACCCCUCCGAUGUACAUAAUCAAAUACAAAUAAGUACUGACUGUGUUCCUUUCAUAGUUUAAACUUUUGUAAAUAUUGAAUUUUUAAAUCGUUUUAUAUUUAGUGUAAUGUCGUUGAGUGUAAAAGCAUCUGUAUGUAAAUAAUAAUUGUAAAAAAAGUUAGGUUUAACAAAAUGCAUGACAUUGCUCAAAUGUACUUGAAUUUGGAACAAUUGCGUAAUGUUAUU